AUGACACAUCCUACUGCCGCGCCGACGGCACCGGCCAACGGCAGCAGCACCAGCAACGCGACCGCCGCGACGCCCAAGGUCGGACCGCACCCGGGCUUCAUCUCCAGCUCCAACCAGUACUCGUCCGAGGCGCGCAUCCGGCGCAUGUUCCGCAACAACGGCUGCGACCCCGCGCGCGAAGAUAACUACCGCCUGCAGGGUGUGCAGCUGAUUGAGAAUGUGCGGGAGCAUCUGAAACUUCCCGUCCGAACAUUUGACACGGCCUGCAUAUAUUUCCACAAGUUUCGGCUCAACUUUCGCGACGCCGAGUAUGACUGCCGCGAUGCCGCACUCGCGUCGCUCUUUGUGGCUUGCAAAGUCGAAGACACAAUCAAAAAGUCCAAAGACAUUCUCGCGGCGCACUACGCCGUCAAAAAUCCCGAAAAGCCCGCGCCAACCGAUGACAAGUAUUUCGACCAAAACGGCAAAAUAAUCAUUGGCCUCGAGCGGCUCAUCCUCGAGACCAUUGGCUUCGACUUCCGCACGCGCUACCCGCAGAAGCUGCUCGUCAAGAUUGUGCGCAGCAUCCUCGGCGCGACCAACCCGACGGCGCGGGCCUUUUACGCCACCGCCUACGCCAUGUGCAUCGACAUGUACAAGACCUUUGUGCCCGUCAAGCGCACCACCUUUUCCAUGGCCAUGGCCGUCGUCGAGCUCACCGCGCGCCUCGUCGACAACGGCCAGCACCUGCCCCGCGUCGAGGCCUUUGCCGCCAGCCGCAGGCAAAAGUACGACCGCGCGCCCGUCGUGGAGACGAUGCUCGACCUGCUCGACCUCUACGUCGAGCACCACAAGGCCACGAAGCUCGGCGCGCAGCUCGACCUCGCGCGCUUCAUCGAUGUCAAGAUCCAGCUCAACAACGACGCGGAGCGCUCCUUUUCGCCGCGCUUCCUGUUUGACUGUAAUAAAUGCGAAAAGGGCGAGCGGCCAGAGGAGACGACGACGACGACAUCGCUGAUGGCGUGGCCGGGGGACUCGUCGGUGCGCAGGUCGGCGAGGGGCCAGGACGGCACGAUGCGGUUCGUGUUUGACCCCGAGGCCGCCAGGACGGAGCAGGAUACCACGGCGGUCUUCUUCAAGGAGGAGUUUGAAGAGUACGAGAUGGAGGUGGAGGAGCCCGUGCAGCCGCCGCAGCCGCCGCCGCCGGAGCAGCCGCGCGGGCCUAGAGAUGGUCGUGACGGCGGUGGCGAGGCCGUGGUGACCGGCGAGGGGAGCCGUACGGAGGCUACCGUGGCGGUGACCGAUAUCAAAGAGGACGCGGCCGUCAUUAUUAGACGCCUGCCUUGGACCUUGUACCAACAAAAGGGCGACUGUGUUUGA